CCACCAAGCAGUCCGAAACGUAUACUCAACUGUUGCUCCACUUUCAUCUUUAAAAUCAUCCCCCCACACAGUCCAUUUUUCUGACCAACCAUUAAUUCCUCCUCUAUGGACUUAACUGCCAUAUCAGAACCUCCAAAACUCAUUUGAAUAUAUCCAUUUUGUUUCCUCUCAUUACCUUCUUUUUUCUAAUUAAAAAUGAAGUUUUUUAAUCUUCUGAAAAGCAGACAUGUUAGAUCCUCCUCCUCUUCUUCAUCAAGGGCCUGGCCAUCCUGCCACCAACCCAAAACCCUCUCUUUUAGAGUCACCACCACCAAAAUUAACAAUGAGGAAGACAAUAACAACAACAACAACGUCGUCAACGACGUUGUUUUGAAAGACAUUAACUCAGCGUUAGUGUCACAAACUCCAGAAUCGUUUUUCACCGAGUCUCCGGACUCGGCAAGCUUCUCAACAACUUCCGAGUUGUCUCGUGGCAUGGACCCCAUAGAGGCGGUGAUUCGCGGCCUGCGUUCGGAUCGACUUUUCUUCGAUCCGGACGAGGCAAGCUGCAUAUUAGAGGCCAAACCGACGACGACGAGCCUAGAGCCUUUCAAAAACAGCGUCGUUUUGACGAUGGAUUCAGAGGACCCUCACGUGGAUUUCCGCAAAUCCAUGGAGGAGAUGGUGGAGACUCUCGGCGUCGAAGACUGGGAGAGUCUCGAGGACCUUCUGUGCUGGUACUUGCAGGCAAACACCAAGAGCAAUCACGAGUAUAUCAUUGGAGCAUUCGUUGAUUUGUUGUUCGAUCUGGCUGUUCCAAAUUCACCUUGUUCACAAGACGAUGACGAAAAUCUUCAUUCUCACUCUCAUUCUCGUCCUUCUUCUCCUUUAUCGUUUUAUAACUCUUCUUCUUCUCCCUCAUCCUCUUGCAGCACUCCCUAUUGUAUAAAAGGUGAAGUGGAAGAGGAAGAGGUUGGUGCUUGUAGUUCUUUUUUUUCUUUAGCGCAGCUUAAUAAUUAAGGAGGCCGGAGAUUACACCUGAAGAUGAAGCUGCUUCAUCUUCUAACAACUGAUUUUAAUGGUAGUGAAGUACUGAAUUGUAUGUACGUAAAACAAUUGGCACAGGAAAAAUAUUAUAAUUACUAAUUAUUGACAUCAAAUUUUAAUUUUA